GGGGCGGGGAGGGGGGGCCAGGCUGGGUCGGGAUGCAGCCAGAAACCUCCCCCCUGGCGUGAGGCGAAUCCGAAGGCGCCGGAGACCUGGGAAUCCCCUCUCCAGCCGGGCGCGGAGCGGAGCCGGGGGGCCCCGAUGGCGGCAUGGCGGAGGACACGGCGCCCGAGGCCGAGGGGCUGGCGAGCCGCUUCCUGGCGCUGGAGCUGGAGCAGAGCGCCCUGCUGCGGGCGCUGCCCUUGGAGGAGCCCGUGAGCCACGUCUACAACCCGCUGGAGUACGCCUGGGAGCCGCACCGGGACUUCGUGCGGCGCUACUGCCGCGCCGCCAAGCGCGUCCUCUUCCUCGGCAUGAACCCCGGCCCCUUCGGCAUGGCGCAGACCGGGGUGCCGUUCGGAGAAGCGUGGCACGUGCGGGAAUGGCUGCGGGUGACGGGGCGGGUCGGGAAACCGCCGUCGGAGCAUCCCAAGCGCCCGGUGUUGGGGUUGGAGUGUCGGCAGGCGGAGCAGGGAUUUGCUCCGGGCUGGAGCGAGGCGCCGCAUCCGAUGGGGAGUCCCGUGUCCCCCCACCCCAAUCCGUGCCUCAGUUUCCCCCCCCAGCCCCCGCCAUGGGCAAUAAAACCACUGCGCGCUCCAGAGCGGGGCUGCCGCCUCCUCGUCGUCGCCCAUGGGUGCCGCGUGCGGAUGCCGUGUGGUGUGUGGGGGGAAGGCAUCGGGUGCCGCGUGGGUGCUGCUUGGUGCCGCGUGGGUGCUGGGGUGAUGCCGUGUGGGUGCUGCUCGGUGCCGUGGUGAUACCACGUGGGUGCCGCUCGGUGCCGUGCGGGUGCUGCUGGGUGCCAUGUGGACGUCGUUUGGGUGCUGUUCGGUGCCACGUAGAUGCUGUGUGGGUGCCGUGUGGGUGCCGCUUAAUGCCGUGGUGAUGCCAUGUGGGUGCCAUUCAGAGCUGUGGUGAUGCCACGUGGGUGCUGCUCGGUGCCGUGUGGGUGCUGCUCAGUGCUAUGUAGAUGCCAUGUGGGUGCUGCUCAGUGCCGUGGUGAUACCAUGUGGGUGCUGCUGGGUGCCAUGUGGGUGCUGCUGGGUGCCAUGCGGAUGCCGUGUUGGUGCUGCUUGGUGCUGUGUAGAUGCCGUGUGGGUGCUGCUCGGUGCCGUGGUGAUACCACGUGGGUGCCGCUCGGUGCCGUGCGGGUGCUGCUGGGUGCCAUGUGGACGUCGUUUGGGUGCUGUUCGGUGCCACGUAGAUGCUGUGUGGGUGCCGUGUGGGUGCCGCUUAAUGCCGUGGUGAUGCCAUGUGGGUGCCAUUCAGAGCUGUGGUGAUGCCACGUGGGUGCUGCUCGGUGCCAUGUGGGUGCUGCUCAGUGCUAUGUAGAUGCCAUGUGGGUGCUGCUCAGUGCCGUGGUGAUACCAUGUGGGUGCUGCUGGGUGCCAUGUGGGUGCUGCUGGGUGCCAUGCGGAUGCCGUGUUGGUGCUGCUUGGUGCUGUGUAGAUGCCGUGUGGGUGCUGCUCAAUGCCGUGGUGAUACCGCGUGGGUGCUGCUCGGUGCCAUGCAGAUGCCGUGUGGGUGCUGCUGGGUGUCAUGUGGAUGUCAUUUGGGUGCUGCUCAAUGCCGUGGUGAUACCGUGUGGGUGCUGCUCGGUGCCAUGCAGAUGCCGUGUGGGUGCUGCUGGGUGUUAUGUGGAUGUCAUUUGGGUGCUGUUUGAUGCUGUGAUGAUACCAUGUGGGUGCUGCUCGGUGCCAUGCAGAUGCUGUGUGGGUGCUGCUGGGUGUCAUGUGGAUGUCAUUUGGGUGCUGUUUGAUGCCGUGGUGAUACCACGUGGGUGCUGCCCGGUGCCGUGUAGAUGCCGUGUGGGUGCCGCGUGGAUGUCGUGUGGGUGCCGCGUGGGUGCUGUGUGGGUGCCGCUGGGUGCCACGCGGGUGCCGCUUGGUGCCGCGCGGCGCCGUGCGGACGGGCCCGGCGGUGGCGGCGGGACGCCGGGGACAAGGUCACCUCCCGGUCACGCCAGCGUCUCCGGGCGGCGGCAGCCUGUCGGCGCGGCGCCGUCACCGCGCCGUCACCGCGCCGUCACCGCCGUGGCCGGGGUACCUGCGGCGGGCGCGGAGGGGUGCGACGCAUGCACAGGCGA